AUGGCGUACCGUGGCCAGGGUCAGAAAGUGCAGGUUAUGGUGUAGCCCAUCAACCUCAUCUUCUGAUAUUUACAAAAUAGAUCGCGGAUUCAGGUGUGGCUCUAUGAGCAAGUGAAUAUGCGGAUAGAAGGCUGUAUCGUUGGUUUUGAUGAGUAUAUGAAAAGAAGAGAUGAUGAUGCAGAAGAGAUUCAUUCUAAAACAAAGUCAAGAAAACAACUGGGUCGGAUCAUGCUAAAAGAAGAUAAUAGUACUCUGCUACAAAAUGCCUCCAACUAG